CUUCUUCAUUGCUUGGUGUAUUGUUCUCUCAAAAAUCAAAAUUAAAAGUCAAAACAAUUUCAAUUCAAACGAGAUUCCCUCUCUGUGUAUUCUGCCAGAACCCUAACUAACCAUGGCAACUGCAGUUACGCCGGCGUCGCUCGGCCGAGAGCUGUCGGAUCCUCCGUCCGACGGAAUCUCCAACCUCCGCUUCUCCAACCACAGCGAUCUCCUCCUCGUCUCCUCUUGGGAUAAGAGCGUGCGCUUGUACGAUGCCAGCGCCAAUGUGCUCAAGGCUGAGUUCAUGCACGGCGGCCCCGUUCUCGAUUGCUGCUUUCACGAUGACUCUUCCGGCUUCAGCGCUGCCGGCGACAACACCGUCAGGCGCCUCCUCUUCGCCUCUAACAAGGACGACAUCCUCGGAAAGCAAUGCUCACCAUUUGGUAGAGCUGUCAUACUUGUAUCUGAAAUUUUCGACAUGUUUUCGUUCAUUUUAAUCAUUGUGUUUCAUUCUUUUCUUUUCUUUUCCUUUUUCACAAUAGGGCAAUUGAUCACUGGUAGUUGGGAUAAAACCCUGAAGUGCUGGGACCCUAGGGGUGCAAGUGGACAGGAGCGCACUCUGGUUGGGACAUAUCCACAACCUGAGCGCGUUUACUCCCUAUCUCUUGUUGGACAUCGGCUAGUUGUAGCAACGGCUGGAAGGCAUGUCAAUAUUUAUGAUUUGAGGAACAUGUCUCAACCCGAGCAACGGAGAGAAUCUUCAUUGAAAUAUCAAACUAGAUGUGUGCGCUGCUACCCUAAUGGAACAGGAUAUGCACUUAGUUCUGUGGAAGGACGGGUUGCAAUGGAAUUCUUUGACCUCUCCGAUGCUAGCCAAGCAAAAAAAUAUGCCUUUAAGUGCCACCGAAAAUCAGAAGCUGGAAGGGACAUCGUCUAUCCUGUAAAUGCUAUUGCAUUCCAUCCCGUAUAUGGUACGUUUGCCACAGGAGGCUGUGAUGGUUAUGUUAAUGUUUGGGAUGGAAACAACAAGAAGAGGCUAUACCAGUACUCAAAGUAUCCAACAAGCAUUGCUGCACUUUCAUUUAGCAGAGAUGGGCGGCUCCUGGCUGUUGCAUCAAGUUAUACAUACGAAGAGGGGCUUAAACCCCAUGAUAAAGAUGCCAUAUACAUCCGCGGUGUAAACGAGAUUGAGGUCAAGCCAAAACCCAAGGUCCUUCCUCCAGCUUGAUCGCAGAUGAUGACCCAGAUUGCAAGUAGAUUUGAUAUGCUUGUCAACUAAUGUGUGCAUAUAUGUUCACGUCUCUCUCGUGGACACCUAGAACAAAGCUAUAUAUAAGCUCAUUUUGUUUAGUAGUUUUAUUUCUAAGUACGAUCUGUUGUUGGAAAUGUUCUCUUUUCUACUAUUGUUUGUCCAGAUUACCUUCUUUUGUUAAGGUAGUUAUGUUGUAAAGUAAUUUGACUUGAAACUGACAACCAGUUAUUACCAAUGUUAUGCCUCCCAUUUUCAACUCAGCAUUAA